AUGUCGUCUCCGAAGUCUUCAUAUCUUGAACCUCCUACCCCUGCUCAGCCUCAAACGCGUCGUCGACCUCUCAUUCAAGCAAUCGAGUCUGCAUUUCCGGCCUUCGACUGCGACGCUGCUGUCGUACAUCCAUUCCAGGACGAGAAUCAACGCGAUACGGAGUUCCAGAAAGAAUUGAAUGAAAUGCUUCUCAACUGUACCAUUGAAAUGCACGCAUGGGCAUCAGCUCGCCCUUUCUACGAGACUCGGGCAGCAUCUUCCACGUAUGAGAGUCAGCUACAAGAAAUUCAGCUAAAAGAGAGGGAACAAGAAAAGACCCGACAACGACUGCAGGAAUUCGUGUCUCAAAUGCGGAGUGCCAUGGCUUUGUUGAGAUAG